CCAGGAAAAGUUUGUUCACCUCUAUUACAGGAAGUAGGCCACAUUCUGUCGUCUGCUACUUACUUUUUCUCAGACGAGGACUUCGACAAAUGCGCAAUGUCAAUUUUGAGAUAUGCAAGAAGGACAAUAUCAGUGUUUCAUGGUGUUCCCGCAGUCGUAAAGUUGGCUUUAGUUUGUGGACAGUUUUGGAUGUUUGUGAGUACAGAUCAGAGAGAUACACCAGCACAGUGCACUCCAGAAAUGGCCACUGAUGGUCCAGCUGAGAUGGGAACCAGUGAAGAUCAUGAUGAGGGUACCAGUAUUCAUGCGGGUCACAUUGACAAGAUCCACGAGGUUCCGAUUCGCCAUCUGAUACGACCCCUGCCAUCGGUACUCGAUGACGACAAAGUUCUGUCGCUAAUGGAAACGAUUAAGGAUCCGGAGCAGAGACACAAAGUUCCCCCAGUGGACAUCUUGUGGAUAACAGGGCGGAAGGGCGGAGACUAUUAUUACUCAUUUGGAGGGUGUCAUCGCUACGCAGCUUACACGAGACUAGGAAUGGAGACCAUUCCAUGUAAGAUUGUACGCUCAACUGUGGCGGACUUGAGGAACUAUCUUGGGUCGUCCACUCCCGAUUUACAAUAAGGAGAGAACAGACGGUCAUGAUUUCAAGCAAGCUAGGAGACUUUUGAAGAUGAAGGAGCAACUAGUCACUUCAGAGAAGGGAUAACAGAUUUCCAACCCACGGCUUCCUACUAGAAUUACUUCGAAAGAUGUCUUGUUACUAAGCCUGCAGCCAGACAGUUCAUUUUCAUUUGAAUGAACGACUCUCAUUACAAACCUUUCCUUAAAUAGGAACAGACAUGAAGUAUGGAUAUGUUCGUAAUAAACAGCACCAUUCGGUACCAGAAGCAAUAUAUCCACCUCUUUCAAAAGAAACCAUGUUUUUCCAUCUUUCUCUGCUUUUUAUUUCCCUUUAUAAAAUACUAACACCCCCCCUCCCCACCGGCAGACCCGCCCAUAAUUUUUGUGAGGGGGUUGAUACCCUGGUUAUUUUUUGAGCAAGAUGUUUGUUCCCAAACCACCUUACAAGGCUUGAGAAAGUCUGUUCAAAAUGCAAGAGAUAAUUAGUCAACUUUCGUUAAUACAAACUCUGUUCAAUCAAAUUCUGGUUUAUGAGCUCCGUGCUCCAACGAAAGAGGGCGCCCUGUUACCUAGCAACAACGUCCCAUGGGCGGGACAUUUAGCUGGUUGACGUGCACCGUUCCUUGUGUGUGACGCACCUACACCGGGGGAUUUGUACUAUGUACACGCAGUGGUACGGCCGCGCGUCGCGGCAAAAUUGCGGCAAAAUUCUGAUAUAACGAACAUUUUGGCUAUGUCCGGCCAAGUUUGUAUCAACAAGAGUCCGCUAUUGGCGGUCACAAGAAAACCAGCGACUAAAAUAAAAAUGCAUGUAUAAACUCCAGUCACUUCUUGCAGGGAGGAAGGAACAACCCAUCACUGAUUCCACAUUCAAAAAUGUACCAAAAUUAUAUACAUUUGAGGUUGCACAAUCAAAAAUCCCAUUCAACCGGAAAAUAAAAUUGAUGGCAUUGUUUUGUUUUUUUACUUCAGUCCACUACUAUAGCCAAACUUUUUUGGCCAGGUCCACUAAUGUUGGCUUAGAUAAUUCUUUACCCAACACUGAAAACAGGGCUUAAUAAUAAAUAUUAUUGAAACCAUGAGAGUUUGUUUUAUAAGAUGGUUUUAUUAAGAACGGCUCAAACACCAAUAUGGUUACAAAUCCUUUACACAAAACGGAUUCCAAACUAUGCGUACACAAAUAUUCCAGUAUUCACAAUACCAAGUAUAUGUAUUAGGAUAAAAAGGAAACUAAAGCAACAAAUUGAUGCGAUGGAUUGUUUAAGAUUCGUUUUAAAUUUUAAAAAUGGCCUCAUUACACCAAAGUCAGUUGUUAGAAAGUGGUUGAGUUGCCUCCAAAUACAGAUGCAAAAUUUGGUUAUUGACUUUUCCCAUAGUAAAAAUUCACGUCAAUUAUUUAUCCAGUCUUGCAAGCGAAAAGUUGAGGAUUUUUACUUUAAAACUGUUGUACAUUUAUAUUACCAGAACAAAUGAUAGAUGCUAAAAACUGAACAACAUUGUUAACACUCAUUAUUGAAAUCUAUAGACCUGUUUUAAUUGUUACAAGCAAACUACAAAAGUAUAUACACAAAUGUUUGCAGAAUACAGUUUUUCAACUUUCAUUCGAUUAAAAAAUUCAAAACAUAUAUGUAUACAUCAAAAUUGUUAAAAAAUAUAAUAGUUUAAUACAGCAGUUAGAUCAAAUUUUCUAAAAAGAAAAAUACCUAGAUAGAUUUUUUU